AUGGCGGCGGGACCGGCGCCCGAGCUGGGCCCUGCGGGCAGCGGUGCUGCCACGAAAGCAGAGCUUCUACCCGUUGUGACAAAGAACACAGAGGUGGGCUGGGGAGUGGUCCAUUUCUACAGAGAGGGCGAGGAGACACCCUCGCUAAGCGGUGCAGGCGCUGCGCAGGAGGCCAUAGACGACGCGGAGGAGUGUACGACCAUGUGCAUCCCAGCUGUGCCAUUCUACAUGAGCCCGGCCGAUCUAGUUGUGUUCCUGGGCGAGGAGUGGACAAAGUACAUUAGCCACUGCCGAAUGGUCAUGACGUCGCGGAUGAACCGAUACAUGGUGCUGUUGCAGUUUCGGGAUGCCGCGAGAGCGAGAGCGUGGAGGAGGGCAUUUGAUGGCAAGAUAUUUAACCGGAUGGACAACUGGAGAGGGCAGGGCUGCCCUGUUUGCCGUUUCACAGGCGCAGCCCAAGACGAAGACGAGGCAGCAGCAAGCCCUGAAACGCAACCGUUCGGCUCCUCGGUAUCAAACCUAUGUGCCGUGUGUGACAGCACGGACGACUUGUGGAUAUGCCUGAUCUGCGGGCACGUCGGCUGUGGGCGGUACAAGGGCGCCCAUGCCAAGGCGCACUGGAAGGACACUGCGCACAACUUUGCUCUCGAGCUGGAGACGCAGCAUGUGUGGGACUAUGCUGGCGACAUGUGGGUGCAUCGAUUGAUACGUGACAAGGGCGACGGCAAAGUCGUCGAACUACCCAACAGGAGUGGACCGUCGGGCCAAGAACAGCAUCAGCAGCUGCCGAAUGAGGAUGUCGUUCCACGCUCCAAGCUGGACAACAUCGGAUUUGAGUAUUCACAUCUCAUAUCGAGCCAGUUGGAGUCGCAGCGGGCGUACUUUGAGGGUCUCAUGAACAAGGCGGUCGACAAGGCGUCCAUGGCCACCGCGGCAGCAGAGAACUCUGCUGCACAGAGCACCAAGGCGAUGGAGCGACUGGGCGAGCUGGAGGCGAAGUACAGCGCCCUGACGAAGCACACCAUCCCCCAGCUCGAGCGUGAUCUGGAGCGCGAGAGGACAAAGGCCAACAAGAGCCAGGAGUUGGCGCGCAGCCUGGGGAAAACCGUGCAAGAAGAGAAGCAGAUCAACGAGGGGCUGAUGAAGCGUAUCGAGCACUUGAACACGGAGGGUGAGACGACACGCAAACAGCUGGAGGCGCUCAGGACAGAGAACACCGAGCUGAAGGAGAUGAACCGCGACCUGUCCAUGUUCAUCUCCGGGCAGGAGAAGCUGAAAGAGAUGGAGAGCGGAGGGCAGCUGAGUGAAGGGGAAGUGCAAGGGGGCACGGCGAGCGUUUCUGACAGGAAGGGGAAACGAAGAGCGAAACGGUGA